AUGGUCCCCACUGUCCAGGGCUUCUUGGGACACCUGGGUCCUCUGCUCAGCCUGUCUCCAGGCUUCUACAUGGGUGCCGUCCCCCCCGUCAAGGACCAGGCUGUCUGUGGCUCCUGCUGGAGCUUUGCUACCACGGGGGCCAUGGAGGGUGCCCUUUUCCUCAAGACUGGGGUGCUGACCCCCCUGUCCCAACAAGUCCUGAUCGACUGCUCCUGGGGCUUCGGGAACUUUGCCUGUGACGGGGGCGAGGAGUGGAGAGCCUACGAGUGGAUCAAGAAACACGGUGGCAUCGCCAGCACCGAGUCCUAUGGCUCUUACAAGGGGCAGAACGGGUUGUGCCACUACAACCAGUCUGAGAUGCUGGCCAAGAUCACGGGCUACGUCAACGUCACCUCGGGCAACAUCACGGCGGUCAAAGCUGCCAUCUACAAGCACGGCCCUGUGGCCGUCAGCAUCGAUGCCUCCCACAGGACCUUCUCCUUCUACUCCAAUGGCAUCUACUACGAGCCCAAGUGUGCAAACACACCAGGAAUGCUGGACCAUGCAGUGCUGGCCGUGGGCUACGGAGUCCUUCAAGGAGAGACCUACUGGCUCAUCAAGAACUCCUGGUCCACAUACUGGGGCAACGAUGGCUACAUCCUCAUGGCCAUGAAGGACAACAACUGUGGCGUGGCCACCGAAGCCACCUACCCCAUCCUGGCCUGA